AAGAAUCUUCUUUCCCUUUAUGCUUUGUGCAAUAUUAAAUAUCUCCGGAAAAUUGUUCCAUUUAUUCCACUUAUGUGUUAAAAAUAAAUUUUUUUAGACGUAAAGAAAGCCAAAGACAAAAGUGCGAAUUAAAAAUCUUCUCAAUUUUUUUCCUAAAAAAAAAAAAACGGAAAAAAGGUGUUAGUUAAAUACUUUACUUAAUAAAAAUUACUGUGCCACUUACUAAUUAUCUGCAAGUACUCGUAACAUUUUCUAUAAUACUAAUUAAAGGUGUUGUUUAUUUAUUUAUUUAUUGUAUUUUUUUGAUAAAAGAUUUAAAAAAAUUCCAAUUCAUAUCCGAUGUACAAGUGCACCUCUCUGGCAGCGGAAAAGAAUAACCAUUAAAUAUAUAUUCUUUUCAAACACUUAAGGAUAUAUUUUAAAUUGAAUUAUUAAAGGCUGUUUGUAACGCUUUUCUGUAAUCAACAUUUUGCUCCCAUUUGUUGUGAAUCUCAUCAAUAAAAAGAAAAAAAAAGAAAAAAAAAAGAAACGUUAAAACUAAAAGUCAGAACAGGACACAACGAAAGCGAGAACAUUUUUAAAUCAAUACACAAAAGUACACCCGGUUGCCCUUCGGCUUUACUACGUAUGCCGAGCAACAACAAAUAGCAAUUGAAUUGUGUUGUAACAUUAUUACGCACAUAUCAUAGAACGAAAUUGAAAAAAAAAACAACAAAAUUUUUUGUAAAAGUAAAGUAAACAAUUGUAUUUCUUUUAUCAUCACCGCCGUCAUCACAGUCAUCACAUCAGCAUAGUCAUCAUCAUUAUCACCAUCAUCAUCAUCAGUAUUAGUUAAACAUUGCUAUCGCCAUACAAAGCAAAUAAUACACAAAGCACCAGCAAAAUGAAACAUUACCACCGUCAGCUGUUAUCGAUGUGCACAGCAAUGCUGGCAUUGGCCUCCUCCAUGUCAAUGUUGCCACAUUUAGCACAUGGCACAACGGAGGUACAAGAGACACCAUUAGCACUGCCGGUUGCCGAACAGACACAACCAACAACAGCAUCACAGGGUGAAAUCUGGGAAGAAGACGAUCAUGAAAUAUUAAUACGCAAUGAACGCGGCACAAAGAACGAUGGGCUUUCGUGUCGUUAUGGUAAGAAUCCUUGGACUGAGUGUGAUACCAAAACCAAUACACGUUCAAGAACGUUGACUUUAAAAAAAGGCGAUCCAGCUUGUGAUCAAACACGGACUAUACAAAAGAAAUGCAAGAAAGCUUGCCGCUACGAAAAGGGUUCUUGGUCUGAAUGUGCUACCGGUCAGAUGACACGUGCUGACAAAUUGAAAGCAACCAGCGAUCCAUCGUGCGAAGCAACACGUAUUAUUAAGAAAAAUUGCAAACCUGGCAAAUCCAAGGAUAAGACUGCCAAGGAACAACGCAAGAACAAAGAUAAAGGUAAGAAAAUAAAAAAACAUCAUAACAGAAAAUUAAGGAAUUAUGUGGUUAAAGCCUACACUCUUUCACACAUUCGGACCCACGCAACACACACAGAUUCUAUUCCCUUGAUGUUUGCGAAAAUUGAUGAGGAGCAAGUGUUAAGAUGA